GGAGCUGUGCUUGUGUGAAAGAGCGAGCGAGAGCGAGACCGGGAGCGGGAGAAAAGCUUGCGCAAGGGAGGAGGGAGAGAUGCUCAGGGCGCCACUGCCAGACCGCUGAGGAGGUGGCCCAGGAGGAGCAGCUUCCAUGAGCUCCGAGAUCGGGGGCCCAGUGCCUCGCAGCCCGGCCUUGAUGAGCCAGCCGCCGCCGCCGCUGCCUCCCUCCGCCCUGGAGACGUCCAGCACCGGCAGCAGCACCUCUACCACCCCCGGGGGCGGCGGCAACAGCACCGGCGGCUGCGCUUCCGCGUCUGCGCCAUCCAAGACCAAGAAGGCCAGCUCGGGACUGCGACGCCCGGAGAAGCCGCCCUAUUCGUACAUCGCGCUGAUCGUUAUGGCCAUCCAGAGCUCGCCUUCCAAGCGGCUGACGCUGAGCGAGAUCUACCAGUUCCUGCAGGCCCGCUUCCCCUUCUUCCGCGGCGCCUACCAGGGCUGGAAGAACUCGGUGCGGCACAACCUCUCCCUCAACGAGUGCUUCAUCAAGCUUCCCAAAGGGCUGGGCCGGCCGGGCAAGGGCCACUACUGGACCAUCGACCCGGCCAGCGAGUUCAUGUUCGAGGAAGGCUCCUUCCGACGCCGCCCGCGGGGCUUCCGAAGGAAGUGCCAGGCGCUCAAGCCCACCAUGUACCACCGUAUGGUCAACGGGCUGAGCUUCCUCCCGCAGGGUUUCGACUUCCAGGCGCCCCCUGCCGCGCCCCUGGGCUGCCACCCCAGCAGCUACAACCCCCUGGACGUGAUGCAGGCCGGCGCUGCCUACGAAGCCCACCACGUCCCGCACAUGUCGCCUAACCCAGGCUCCACGUAUAUGGCCAGUUGCCCGGUCCCGUCCAACGGUCCCGACUACGGGCCGGACAGCAGCAGUAGCCCGGUGCCUUCCUCGCCAGCUAUGGCCAGCGCCAUCGAGUGCCACUCGCCCUACGGCAGCCCUGCCGGACACUGGACUGCCUCUGCGGCCUCGCCCUAUCUCAAGCAGCAGGCCCUGCAGCCGCCGCCACCGCCCGCCGCCGCCGCCCCUGCGGGCAUCCACUCGGGAGUGGCCUCCUAUUCGCUGGAGCAGAGCUACCUGCACCAAAACGGCAGGGAAGACCUCUCAGUGGGGCUUCCUCGGUACCAGCAUCACCCCAGCCCGGUGUACGACCGGAAGGAUUUCGUCCUCAAUUUCAACGGCAUCUCGUCCUACCACCCCUCCGCCAGCAGCUCCUACUAUCACCACCACCACCACCACCACCACCAGAGCGUCUGCCAGGACAUCAAGCCCUGUGUGAUGUAAACGCGGACUCCUUAGAGGAGCGGAAGGAGCCGGCCGGCGGCCGCAGGUGGAGGGCGGCGCGAGGCCGCGGAGGCGCUCCAAAAUCCAGCGCGGCCGGGGCAGGGCGCGGAAUAAUCCCGCGGCCGGCUCCGACCGUAAGUACCCCGCACCCUUUAAAGCUACGGGAGGAAGGCGCGCCCGAGGGAAGCCAGCGUGGAGACGCGCCCUCUUCCCCCGCUGGCCUCGCGCAGCGCGAUCCUCCGCAGUCGGAACCGGAGUUUCGUUUCAACCGGGACGUUUGUCUGAUCCUUUCCUGCUCCUUGAAGUGAAACCCCCCUCCACCCCCCGCCGGACUGAUGCCUUGCAGAAGAGCAAAGCCGGGAGGCGUCCCCUCCGCAGCGAACCCCUCUGUGCCCUCUCCCAGGGAGGGACCGACCCCGUACAGGAUUGCUGCCUUGCCCGGGACCAGUUCACAGUUGCAAGCCCCGCACAUGGCACAAGAGGGGAGGGCUACUGUUCCCAUCUCGAUUCCCUCUCGCAGUCAGCCCGACGGGGAUGAUGGGCGCUGAAGUCUGAGGCUCCGAUUAGUAGACGCCCAGCCCGAGGGAGCUCCGAGAUGCUCUCUCCCAAGGAAGGAAAUGCCUGGCUAGAUCGGGCUGCGGGCGCCCUGAGCCGUCCUUGGGCCGCACAGCCUUCCUCCGCCCGAAGCCCUCCGGAGAAGUUAGGUCACGAUUCCCAUCCUCCCUAUUUAUAAGAUGAUGGGAGCUAUAGUUAAAUCCUCGAGAGAGGAUUCCGGGGAUGAAGGAGGCUGGUUUAUGCGGCGUUUUCUGCAGGUCCAUAAUAAGGCUGCCCUAUUCCUUUGCUAGCCCGUGUUUUCAAAAGACGAAACACAUCAUGUUUUCGGUUUCAUUUUAUUUUAUGUCUAGGUGUUUUAUUUAAACAGCAAAAUUUAAAAGGUUGGAUUCGGACUUGGCACAAGUCUGUUGAAAUCGAUAGGAUUUUAGAUGAAGCCCCGUUAAAUUUCGUGGAAUGAUUCUAAGGAUGAGUAAGUCUGGGGCCAACCCGUUGAAAAUUUUUGGCAAGCAGCAGCCACUUCGAUUGGAGGUUGCCCUCUUUUCGUCACAUAAAACUUUUUUUUUUUAAAAGAGCUUUGGAGUAAAAUGUAUCCAUGUAACUCAAACAGAAUCUCAGCUACUGAGCUGACUUCGCCUAUGAUAUAAAUGAAGUACUUUGUACUCCCAUUUCAUUAGCACCGCGUCCAUCGAGGUCAUUUACUUGACAGCCUCAUUCCCCUCCUGCAAAUUUAGCGAAGGGCAAAUAAGAAUUGAGAGACUUCUAGCAGCUGAAUCCCCCACCGCUGACUUCGAGCGUCGCCGAGCCGUCGUUGAGGCGACGAAAAUAGUCCUCAUUAGAAUUCUUUCGGCCCAACGACGGCUGGCUGGCGGUCGAAGAGGCUAGUGGGAGAUCCAUCCUGCCUCUGGUGCUUUAGCGUCUUGAAGAGUUCCUUCCUCUGUGGGAAUGUCUCAGGAAGAGAGGCGAGGCUUUAUUUUCUUUACUGUCAUAGGAACCACGGGAGACAUGGUUAGGAGGUAACAAAUACGGAAGUAUUUUUGUAGCAGAAAGCCUUUGGUCGUUCCCAACCUCAAGGCUUCUUUCUGUCUUGAUUUAUAUUAAAUGCCUUAUUAUUCCAGUACGCCGCUAAGGGAGUCCGCUGGCAUCCACCAGCAUUAUCAAGCGGCACUGAUUUCGGGGGUAGGAUGCGAGUCCAGCAUCUCCAAAUUUCCAGAUUUGGUUAACUCGUCUUGUUCUCAAAUAUUGCAACAUUACCACGUUGGGGGUUAGUUUGUUUUCUAUUUUUUCCCCUUAAGCGUUUAUACCACAGUUGCUGUUGUUUUGUUUUUAAGAAAAAUGAAUUGAAAUAAAUCUUGUGUAUACUCGCACACUAUCGCUUUUCAACCGGAGAGUAUAAUUUGCACUUAUGUAUAACGUUUGUUGGUUUGUCAGAAAUUGUGAUGUACAAGGUUCUUGGGGUGGGCAUUUUUUCCCCAAUAAAACGUAUGUGACACGUG